CUUCCUCUUCCCGUAGCUGGUUAUAAUGGCGUCUGGAACUCUUUACACGUACCCGGAAAACUUCAGAGCCUACAAGGUGCUAAUCGCGGCACAAUAUUCCGGUGCUCAAAUUAAGAUCGCAGAUGAUUUUGUUUUUGGAGAAACAAAUAAAAGUGAAGCUUUCUUAAAGAAAUUUCCGUUGGGCAAGGUUCCAGCAUUUGAAACAUGUGAUGGAAACUGUAUCACAGAGAGCAAUGCAAUUGCUUAUUAUGUGGCUAAUGAUCAGUUGAGAGGUAAAACUGACAUUGAACGUGCAGAGAUUAUUCAAUGGUUUGGCUUUGCAGAUUCUGAAAUUCUUCCAGCUAGUUGUGCAUGGGUGUUCCCAUUGCUUGGAAUCAUGCCAUAUAAUAAGCAGAAUAUAGAGCAUGCUAAGGAUGAUGUAAAGAAAGCAUUAACUGCCCUUAAUUCUCAUUUACUUACACGUACUUACCUGGUAGGAGAGCGAGUGACAUUAGCAGAUAUUAGUGUAGCCAUGACAUUACUGCAUUUGUACCAGUAUAUUCUAGAACCAAAUCUGCGUAAACCAUACCAGAAUGUGAACCGGUGGUUCCGAACUGUCAUUUAUCAGCGUGAGUCGAUGGCAGUAAUUGGUUACUUCAAAUUGGCUGAAAAGAUACUUGAAUAUGAUCCAAAGAAGUUUGCAGAAACUCAAGGAAAACCUUCAAAAAAAGAAAAGAAAGAAAAGGAAUCUAAGAAGGAAUCAAAGGAGGCAAAAGAGUCUAAAAAAGAGACAGUUGAAGAACUGAUCCAACAGGGCACUUUCGAUCUUGAUGACUUUAAGAGAUUUUAUUCUAACGAGGAUGAAACAAAGUCUAUACCUUACUUCUGGCAAAAAUUCGAUCCGGAAUAUUACAGUAUUUGGCUUGGUGAAUACAAAUAUAACAAUGAAUUAACAAAGGUUUUCAUGUCUUGCAAUCUUAUAAGUGGAAUGUAUCAACGAUUAGACAAAAUGCGAAAAGGUGCAUUCGCUAGUGCCUGCCUAUUCGGUACAGAUAACGACAGUAGCAUCAGUGGUAUUUGGGUUUGGUGUGGACAAGAGCUUGCUUUCACAGUUAACCCAACUAAAGAAGAAACAAAAGAACUGGUUCAACAAUACUUCAGCUGGACUGGUGCUGAUAAGGAGGGACCAUUGGAAGCAUUAGAAGCUGUAGCUACUGGAAGUCAACUUCCUCCAAAAUUAGAGGCCAGCUUGCCACGUAAAAAGGUUCUCAGAAAUCUUAAGCGUAAACAGAAGUUAAGGGCAGCAAAGGCAAACCUCAUUAAGUCAAAGGUUACAAGGAAAGUAGCAAAUAGAAAUUUGUGCAGAAUAACUUCUGAUAUCAAGAAAGGUGUGAGAGCUAAAAGGGUCAAAUUAUCAGAGGACAAUAGCAUUAAAACAUCAGAUAUUAAUUUAAGAACUUUAGAGAACCACAUAAACGAUACAGAGUGUGAAAGUAUAGGAACAGAAGGAGCUAAUAGAAGUGCCAAGAACAAUCUCAGGACUAAAAAGACCAAGUUUGUACCAAAAACUAGUGGGGAAGUGGAGAACGAAGACAUUCAAGACAGAGACACAGAUUCAGUUGCUGGAUCCAGUACUAAGAGCAGCCCAAAACUUAGCAGAAAGGGGAAAAGUUUAGAGAAUUCAGAUUCUUUGUCCAGGGGUGUGAAAGCAACAAAAUUUGCAGGAUUCAAAAGGAACAAUAUUAGAGAAAAGGAUACUUACAUAAAAACGGAGGGAGAUAUCAAGUGUACGAAAGGAAGAAAGAAUAACAGAGAUAUAGAUUACUCUAAUUCAAGAGCAUCUGUUGAUACAAAAUUUUCAAAGUCACUUUUGGACUCUAAGAGUUCUAUAGAUCUUACUAUAGACGAGGUUAUAGCUUCAAUGUUGAGUGAUUCAGAGAUAGAUAAUCCACAGGGAAUAAUAGACAAAGUAGAGGGUAAGGUGACAAGGAGUAAGAAAAUGUUGGUAGAAGAAAAUAUAGUUACAGAUAUUGAAAUCAAGAAAGAACCAGACAAUGAUGAUAUUAAAAUUACAUCUGAUGGGGAGAACCUGGAAAUAGAAUCUGUUCAAAGUGCAAUUCAAUUAAGAAAAAGAUCGAAUGCAUCAAUUAGUCAAAGAAGUUUAAGAAAUGGCAAGUUACGGCAGUCAGAUUCAGGUAUUUCCACUGACUUGGAACUUAAAAAACGUCGAAGAUUAAAUUCAGAUGACCCUGUUAGUUCAGAGGUUUUAAUAGAUAAUAUUGUGGAUAGUAAUAUUGAUACAGAAUCUUGCUUCUCUGAAUCCAGUGGUAAUGAUUCUCAGACAGUUAUGGUAACAGCCAAAGAUGAAUCUUGCUUGAAGCAAGAAACAUUAAAAAAUUUUGAAGGCAGUUCCCAGACUGGAUCAGAAGUAGAGAACAAUAAUAACAGUGAUCGAGCAGAUAGGGCCAAUGAGAUAGGGCCCACUCUCCGCUCAAAAACUAAAGCCAAAAGUACAGAAGUUGAAAUAAAAAGUGACAAUAUAAAAAUUGAUUAUACGAGAAUAGUACCUAAAAAUACAGAACUGCAGGAGGAGGUGAAGAAAGUGAGUAAUUUAGAGCAAAUUAGGAAAGAAAAUAUUUUAGCAAAAUUUUCUGACAAGUCCAAGGGUCGAAGAAGUAGUUUAAAUAUAGAUAUGAAAAAAACAGUAAAUUCAUUUUAUGGUACAGAAAAGUCAGAUGGUAAUCCAAAGUCACAGAUAGAUCAAAUGAUAGAGAAUAUUAAGCUUAAAAUUGCAAAGUCUAUUGAAAGUAAAAUCUUUGGACCAGAAAAGGGUCUUGGAUUGAACAAAAACUUUGAAGUACCAAAAAUUGAAGAGAUAAUUGCACCAUUGAGUGCAGAAUCCCAGAAAUUAGGGCUGGAGGAAAAUAUAGAUGAGGAUAAGUCUGCUAUUUCCAAAAAUGAAAUCAAAUCGGACAGUUCAGAGAAUUCAGUACCAAAAGUGGCUGACACUGCCAAAGAAAUUGAGAAACUAGUCAUGGGUGAUAUUGAACUAGCAGAAACUCAUUCUCAAAAUGUACAAGAAAGUGAGUCUCCUGACACUGAUGCAAGUAACAAUAUACAUAAUGUUUCUGAAGCUGUACAUGCUACAGAGAACAAUGCUAGUAGUUGUAAAGCUGUGGAGCAACAAGAAGAGUCCAAUGAAGUUUCUAAUGUAAUAGAGGAGUCUGAAAAGGAUGUUGAACAACUUAUAGAUGAUCAGAUAAAAGUGUUGGAUGAUGGUAAGAAAACUAUGUCUACCAGAAAAUCUUUAAGAAUAACUGACAAAGGUUCUCCUGAAAGCAGUGACAGUGUUAAAAAAUUAGGUAGAGUAGCAAAUAAAAAGUCUGAGAACUCCGAAGAAUUUUUGGAAAAUUUUAAUAAACCUGAAGAGACAAUUUCAAUUGAUGAACCACAGAAUGAAUCAACAAAGAAAUUAUCUACUUUAGAAUCCUCGACUGUUAAUAUGGAAACUGUAUCUAGGAAAGUGGAAGAGAAGGUUGCAGACGAAGAAGCAAAAACAAAUCAAACUGUACAAGAUGAAACUAAGAUUUCUGCAAACAACACUUUGGAGCCUGAUGAAGUAGAAACCUUGGAAAGUAUUUCUAAAGAAGUGGAAAGAUUAGUGGCAGAAAAACAACCCAACACUCAGUCACAAACAAGCACAAAAGAAACACAGAAUAAGCAAGAAUUAAGCAGUAAAUCCUCAACAGAGUCUGACAAGUUAACUGUAGUAACAGAUACUAACAAGCAGGAAGUAAUUGAACCCGAUGAAUUGGAGAAGAGUAGUGUACCAGGCAAAGCUGAAGUAACAGAGAAUGCCAAAGACGUUGAAGAAAGUGAAGGAACCACUGCACUGGAAUCAGUGCAAGAUGCUAAGAAGGAGAAAAGUAAUUGUCAAAUAUCAGUUACCUCGAAUUCCACUACGAUUCCUAAAUAUAACGCGAGUCCUGUUCUCAGUGAUGCAUGUAAUCCCAUUGAAAACGCGAAAAAAGACACAGAUGAGAGUGCAAAAGACGAUAAAUGUAAGCAAGAUAAUAAUACAGAUAACAAUAACAUUGUCACUAAUACAACAGAAGAACAAGUAAUUUUGUACAAUAAUUCAGGACAUGGUGAAUCAACCACAAUAACAAAAGAGGAACCAGAAAAAUUAGACAAUAUUGUAGAAGAGCAAAAAUCACCUGUUAGCGAUGAUAACAACAAACGAGUGCUGAGAGCUCGCGACAAGACGAAAAAACUUGAAAAAAGACAAGCUUCUUAUAACAAAGAUGGCGUAUCGAAGGUGAAAGAUGAUGAAGGUGCACAAAAGAUACAGAACUCUCAUGAAAUAGAAGAUACACAGGAGUCAGAGGAAAAGGUUCAAGAAGUGAACACAGAAGACAUUGAUGACACCCAGAACAGCACAGAAUCGGUGGAUACAAACGAUCUGGAUCGUCAAGCUCGCACCAGGCGCAAUAGAGAGAUGAAGAAACGCAAGGAGGAACAGUUGUCUAGUUUAAAAAAUAAACGUUCAAAGAGGGAGAUCAAAAAAUCUGAUCAGCAGAACAAGGAGGAGACCCUGUUAGAUAAUGAGGUGGCUAAGAUCAAUGAGAACAAUAGGUCAUUCUUAGACAAGUAUGGAAGUGGAGCAGAGUGUGUAACAAAUUUCAGAGGCUUCUCAGAAGGUGGCAGGGGAAGCUUGGAAAAACGACAAGAUAACUCUGAUAAUGUGAGAAGCAAGUCAGAGAAUGAUAUAACAAUUACAAAGGAACCAAGCAAAGUUGUCUGUGAAAACAGAUUGUCCAGAAAUCUGUCUGAGAACCAUAUGACUAAGCAGACAGAGAACAUAGAUAUCCUGGAUGCCGAUUGCAAGCCUGUGAAGACACCAGAGACAUCUCAAAAGGAUUCUGACGAGACUUCGACGUCUGGCGAGUCCUCUAGCAGUGUCAAUAUCACUCCAAAAAUCCUGGAAACGCCUGAAGAUAAGGCCAAGAAGGAGUCAAUUUUGAGACUGCUCGGUUUAGAGUCCCUGGAGAAAGCUGCAGAAAGACUGAGCCAUCAGAAAGCGAAGAAGGAGCAGUACACUGGAACAUUGAAGACUGUGAUUCGUGUACAGAAGGAGAAAGAGAAGGAUAAAAGGCGGUCUAGGUCUCCCUUGAAAAUGGUGUUGAAACAGGGUCGUGGGGAUGGAGAAGGAGAUUCACCUGAGAACUUCUACACUAUUCAGAAGGAGUUUGGAACCAGUGGUUGGGGAGAUAGCAGCUCUGGUGCGAACCGAAAGUUCUCUACUAACCACAGACACUCUUGCGACGAGGAUAACGAGGAUACCACGUCAAAGGAUCGUCAGUCUCUUGUUAUUCCAGAGAAGUCCUCUUCCUUCUCCAUCCAUCCAGGACGCCUAUGUGCGGAUGUGUGUUGCUACUGCUUUGGAAAAUUCGGCUCAUUGGACACACCGAUGCAUCUGGCUCAGAUGAAAUCCGACGAGAGACGCAAGAAGAUUUUGAACAUAGAGAGACACUUAACCAAGGACUCUUGCUUGUGUGACGCCUGUUACCGCCAUGUUGAUAGAAAGGCGAACACUAGCCCUACGAACAUGCAAACGAAACCGCAGAAACAGCAUAGGCAACUUAUGGUGUCCAAAUGCUCGGCCCGUGACUGCAGAGACGCUGCUCGUCAUCAUGUCAAACGUCGAUGGUUGCUCAAAAUAAAAGCUGGUCUGCAAAAACAGGUGGACAUUGAUUGGGAGUCGAGUCAACAUACGUCCAUGUCGUUCUGCGUCAGCCAUUAUUCCAAAAUCGAGCCAUUUUUAACCUGUGCCCUCUGUAAGCGCCGACUAGCGAGAAAUCAUACUCAUCAGUUGGCAAAUGCAGAGACAGAGGAAUUGAACCAAUUGCUUGGACAACAAGGUAUUCCUGUGAUCCUGGUCGCGGGCACCUUCGUCUGCAAAUUGUGUCGCUACUUCACGCAGUUGCAGCUGAAGUACAAGGAUGUAGAGAACAUGAACACGAAUCAUAGAUCGUUCUUCAAGAGCUACAGGAAAAGAAUCCUACACUAUCAUGAUAUCGAGGUUCUGGAGAACGAAGAUGACGAUUCCUCGCAAAACCAGUCUAAGGAUAAGGAUAAAGACAAGGAUAAACGGAAGAAAAAUUCCAAGUGCACCACACAGUCCAAAACGACAACUUCCAAGUCUCCAGAUGGAAUUACAAAUUCUGCCUCAGAAAAGUCUACACCAGAACCCAGUAAAAAUGAGGGAACCAAUUCUGAGACGGAUAAUGAAAAUCGUAUUACAAAGACGAACUCAAACGACGAUAACGUCACAACGGACGUCCAAUUCCUCGGCAUAGAAAGCACCGUGGAAAAAUUGAAAAAACGUAAAUUAUUGGAUAUGCAUCCGUACACGAUAUCUGACACAACGAUAUCACGUGAUAGCCCUAAUGAGGUGGUCGAAAUCCUCGCUAUGGACAAAGAGGUGACCCUAACCAGAUUGCCAAAGAGACCAAGGACCAACAACGAUAUCAAUCCUGUUGUGCAGAGACUCGGUGCUAAUCCCUCCAUCAGCGUACGCACUCUUUUCCCUGGCGAGGAGGAAAUGAAUCUUCAUGCCAAUAUAGAGUUCACGAACGUUCGAGAAAUAACACCUCAGGGCUGGGAGAAAUGCGCCACGAUGAUACAGUACGAUAGAGACACAAAGUUGCUCUGGCAAGAGCUUCAGAGACCGUACGGGAACCAAAGUUCGUUUCUCAGACACCUAAUACUGCUUGAGAAAUAUUACAGAUCGGGUGAUUUAGUGUUAGCACCGAAUGCCUCGCGAAACGCUAUAAAUUAUUCGACGUCCGUACAGAACAGACUGAUAUCGUACGAGGGUCCAGAGAAAAUGGACGAGCCAAUCAUGGAGCCCAUCGCCUCAGAGUACCACAAUUCUCGUCGACUAAGCGGUGGGUACGUGCUAGAGAGGGACAGACAUUCUUUGCCAAGCACAAGCACUUCUAAACAAACAGCUGGUAGUAGUACCAUGCAAUCCGCGAAAGGAAGUCCUUCAAGGAUUCUGAAGUUGAAUCCUGGAGUGUCGAUAAUCAAGAAACCGCCUCCUAACCUACAAAGAUUGAAUCUGCCGUCUACCAGCGCCACCACGGCGAACGGUAGCGUGAGAAGAAAGGACGGCCAAAAGCUGCCAGCUUCAUCGGGUGGUAAAGUAUUUCAGUUGAGCGAGCCGGAUUUCAAGCGACUGCAGAAUCUGAAAAAACAGAAGCAACAAAUGCUCACAGAGAAACAGUCGACCACUUCGAGCGGCAAUUCUGGCUCCCCGCCGAAUCUGAAGUCGACCACGCAGUACCAGAAGGCGCAGCUCGCCGCUCAUACGCAGUUCCAAAAACAUCUGAGGAUGCAGCAAGAGAUGCUUAGUCGACAAAGCAGAAGCGACUUCGAACCAUUGAUCUGCAAUGUGCGAUCGUUGGCGAACGAAAACAGCCCAACGCAGAAUUUACUACAUAACCUAAAUCUGCCCAAGUCGAUUCAGGUUACCACAAAGACGUCCAGCCAGAUUCCAAUUUUACCGAAGAUUCCGAAGUCGCUGACGGUAAUACCACAGACUGUCACCAGACCUGCAGACAAAUGAGAAAUAGGGACGAUUAGAGAAGUGAAAAGUAAGUAAAAACAAAACAUGUAGAUGUUAAUUCUUUUAGACACAAAAGAGCGUUGAAUAGAGUAUACGAGAGGAAGACGUUUGCCUAUUGGACCCGAGAUAGAAGAAUUCGAAUAUCGAUCGAGCUUUGUGUUCAGAGAGUGAGAGAGAUAGCGAUAGAGAGGAUGCUUCGUUAGAGAGGGUCUAGUCAACGCUCACCGCGAGAAGCGACAAUAUCUGCCUUAUAAAAAUCGAGUGCAUUCGAAGAGAGCUGUACACUGCUCAAAAAAGAAAUCGAAACGAUUUUACGAUGAUACAUUAAGACGCAUGGCGACGAGAGGUUCGUACAGAUCGUAGUCGCAAACACGCAUGCGUACACGCCGUGAUAGUACAUAUAGUAGAAAAACGAUUCGUCGAGGAGCGAGAGAAACAGAACAGUUGCUAAUAAUGUUGUACACGACAACCAAAGCCCCAGUGUGAAGAAUGCGGUGAAACACGAUAGGAAUCUGUUUCCGAGGAAAAGUGCCUAAAAAAAAGGAAAGAAUGUGUGACGCGGAUGAAGUCGUUAGUUUUUAAAUGACGGAAUAUAAUAUGUUGAACAGACUUGAAACACGUAUACAUAGUUAAAUAUAUAGAGAUAUACGUAUACGAGUAAAGAGAGACAAAAAUAAGAAAAAAAGAUAUACAAAGGAUCGUUCGUAAGAGAAGGGAGUAGUUAAAGAAGGAAAAAAGGGGGGGUGUAAAUAUCGUGGAAGUUAAUACGCUCCCGCUGUUUCUUCGUUCGUAUUCCAAGCUAUUAAAAAAAAAUGAUUCGUUAACGGAAAAGCAUUCAUCUUUGAAGCAAAACGUAUUCCGGACGAACGAAACGAAAGGAAGAACAAAACUGACGAUUUGCCUUGCUGUUGUUACAUAAAAUAAAACAAAAACGGUCACUGCUAGAGACAUAUCUAUCCCGCGCGUUCUUCGAGAUAUUUGCAACGGCUCGAGACGAAAUCUCGUUAAAAGAUCCAUAGCGCCUCGAAGAACGAUUUGAAAUCGGUAGUUCGUUCCUUUUCCUGCGCGUCCCGAAAGAGAUAUAGUCGAUUCGCGUGUAUACGCGCAACAAAUGGCACCAUGGUGUAUAGAUUUCGUUGACGGUUUGUCUCAUAUGUCGAAUAUAUUUUUAUCUACCUGGGGAAAAAGAUAAGUGGCGAAUAUUAAAUGAAGAGUAAAAGGG